CGAGCAACUCUGAAUGAUCCAACCAGUCUCCACUCCCUUUAUGCUCAGCUCUAUAGUCGUUGCAUUGCAUGUGCUGCUCUAGCUCUUCAGUCUGUGCCCCCCCCUCUUUCUCCUCCUCCUUGUUGAGGCAGUUAGCAGCAAUGGAGGUGGAGGCUUGCUACAACUAUGGCUUCCUCCCUGCUGACAGAGGCAGGCACCAGCCGCCGCCGCCACCACCAUAUGGGCAUGGCCCCUCUCCACCCCAUCCGGCAGAAGAUGGGGAGUUGUGGGAGUACUUCCCUUGCCCUUUCUGCUACAUCGAGGUUGAGGUUCCCUUCAUCUGCAACCACCUUCAGGAGGAGCAUUGCUUUGACACCAGAAAUGCUGUUUGCCCGAUCUGUGCCAACAAUCUAGGGAAAGACAUGGCUGCACAUUUCAGAGUUCAGCACUCGCAUCUUCUCAAGAGGAGGAAACCUUCCAAGCCAAGCUCAUGGCCUGCAGCUGCUACCAACUCAGCAUCUAGGACGGGAACAGCAACGUAUGAAGUGAACUCUUACUUUGAAGAUCCCCAGCGCUACAGGAUGAGCGGCAGGCCCUACCAAGAGCCUGCGCCUGACCCACUGCUCUCCCAGUUCAUCUGCAGCGUUGCACAAACCGACGAUGCGAUCCCAGGCGAUACCAACGCUGAGAAUGGUGUUGUAAAGGUCCCAGAUGAUCAGAGGUGGAGAAAGGGAGCGAGUGACGAUGCCUCAUCCAAGCUGGGACUGGAGGAGAGGCUGCAGAGGAUCGACUUUCUCACGGAGAUACUCAUGUCCACCAUUCUUUAAUGUGUUGCUAUCUAGGGUUUCUUGAGCAGUUCUAGGCGGUUAUUAGAAUGUUUUGUGAGUGCAUAUAUGUACCACUGUCUUUGAAAAGAAAGAUGUGUACCACUGUCAUGUAUGCAAAGCACUCCCCUGCAUCACAUGUACACUUAUACUUACACUAUAACCUUGGCUAUCUAUACACAAGAAUGUUGCAUAUUCUUGCCCAA